AUGCCCGAAUACAAUGCCAAUAACAUCGGCACCGCCGGAUUCGGCAACAAAACCUCCGUAGAUCCCGAAUUCGACGGCCACGAGACCCGCUUUGACAAACACCACGAUUCGGCCCCCUACGGCGACGCGACCCAGUACGGGUCAGGCGCAACAGGCGGCGCAGGCGCUGGGAACAAGCUCUCGUCCGUGACGAGCGGUGAUGAGGACGAUAGCUACAAUAAUACGGACCUCAGGACCAAUACGCACCAUAAUACUGAUCCGUAUAGUGGGCAUUCGGGUUAUGGGAGUGGGACGACUGGGGGAGCGGGGUUUGGGAAUAAGACGCAGGGGGAGUAUAGUGAUUCGAGGAGGGGGAAGAUUAUGGAGAAGCUGGGGGGUAUGAUGGGGAAGGAUGAUAUAGCUGAGAAAGGACACGCGAAGAGGACGGAGGCGGGUUACGAGGGCUGA